CACUUAUUCUGUUCGAUUUCGAUAACUAAAAACCUGACGUAGGAGAAACAAACCUGGAAAAUUUUUGGGUGAAGUGAAAAAAAUUGCAAAAAAAAAGUGAAAAGUAUAAUAUUUGGCAAAUAAUUGUGCAAUUUACGUGGUCAACGCAAUGAAUAUGUAUAAUGGACAGGUAAAUGGUUAUAUGGGAGGCGCCCCAGCCGGUGGAAUGCCUGGCGGUGGUAACAAUCGCAUGGGUGGCGCUGGUGGUGGAUCCGGCAUGUUUCAACGCAAUCGUUCCGCUCCAUACAUACGUGGAGGCCCCGGCGGAGCCAUGGGCGGUGGUGGAGGAGGUGGCGGUGGUAACAACGGUGGCUUUAAUGGCGGUCGCAUGAAUGGCGGUGGAAUACGCAAUGAUCGCGAUGGCGGUGGCUUUGGUGGUAACCAGAAUAACAAUCGCACCUCGACACACGGAGCACAUUUGCCCACAAUUGUGUGGUCCGAGGUGUCUUUGACACCCUUCCGCAAGAAUUUCUAUAAGCCAUGUGAAUCGGUGUUGGCACGCACCCAAUUGGAAACGGAUAGUUUCCUUAGCAGCAACGAAAUCACCAUCAAGGGCAACGAAGUGCCCACGCCCAGCAUUGAGUUCGAGGAGGGCGGCUUUCCCGACUAUGUAAUGAACGAGAUACGCAAACAGGGUUUCACCAAGCCCACAGCAAUCCAGGCACAGGGUAUGCCCAUCGCUCUAAGCGGACGUGAUCUGGUAGCUGUCGCCCAGACGGGCUCUGGCAAGACGCUGGCCUAUGUGCUGCCCGCAGUGGUGCAUAUCAAUAAUCAGCCGCGCUUGGAGCGUGGUGAUGGACCCAUCGCUUUGGUGCUGGCGCCCACUCGGGAGCUGGCUCAACAGAUCCAGCAGGUGGCCAGUGAGUUUGGCUCGAAUACGCAGGUGCGCAACACCUGCAUCUUUGGCGGCGCUCCCAAGGGGCAGCAGGCUCGUGACCUGGAACGAGGUGUGGAGAUUGUUAUAGCGACACCCGGUCGCCUUAUUGAUUUCUUGGAGCGCGGCACCACAUCGUUGAAGCGUUGCACCUAUUUGGUUUUGGACGAAGCCGAUCGUAUGCUUGAUAUGGGCUUUGAGCCACAGAUACGCAAGAUCAUGCAACAGAUUCGCCCCGAUCGUCAGGUAUUGAUGUGGUCGGCCACCUGGCCAAAGGAGGUGCGCCAAUUGGCCGAGGAGUUUUUGAACAAUUACAUACAGGUGAACAUCGGUUCAUUGUCGCUGAGUGCCAAUCACAAUAUACUCCAGAUCGUUGAUGUCUGCGAUGAGUCGGAGAAGAUUGUCAAGCUGAUACAGCUGCUGACACAGAUCUCUAGCGAGAAUGAGACAAAGACCAUCAUCUUUGUGGAGACGAAGAAGCGUGUGGAUGAGAUCACACGCAAUAUAUCGCGACAGGGAUGGCGGGCAUGUGCCAUCCAUGGCGAUAAGUCGCAGCAGGAGCGUGACUUUGUGUUGUCCAGCUUCCGCAACGGACGUCACUCGAUAUUGGUGGCCACCGAUGUGGCUGCCCGCGGAUUGGACGUUGACGAUGUCAAGUUUGUGAUCAAUUAUGAUUAUCCUUCGAACUCGGAGGACUAUGUGCACCGCAUUGGACGAACCGGUCGCUCGAAUAACACGGGCACAGCCUACACUUUGUUCACGCACUCGAAUGCCAACAAGGCCAAUGAUUUGAUUCAAGUGCUGCGCGAAGCCCAUCAGACCAUCAAUCCUAAGCUGAUGAACAUGGCAGCCAGUGGUGGCUAUCAGAAGCGUGGCGGAAUGGGCUAUCGCGGCAAUGGUGGCGGCUAUCAGGGACGCAACCAACAGAUGGGCGGUGCUGGCAACAACUAUCGCAACAACCAGAACAACAACAAUAUGCAUCGCAACGGCAACAACAAUGGCUACAAUGCAGGCGGUCCGCCACGUUACGAUCAGAAGCCGUCGCGCAAUUCUCCGCCCGUCCAGGGAACUGGCUAUCGUCCACAGGGCGGUGGCUAUCAACAGCAGCAACAGCAACAAUCACAGCAGCCCAAUGGUGUGCAGUUCUCACGCUUCAAUCCAAAUGCCGCUUGCUUUGAGCCCAAGACUCAGGGAUCGGCCGUGCAACAACAUCAGCCACCACAUUUGGCCGCAGCUCAGGCAGCUGCCGCAAAUGCUGCCGCCGCGGCAGCAGCAGCUGGCUAUGGCUAUGGCGUUGACCAGAAACGUUCGCGCUUUGCUUUGAAUUUCAAUAUGCCACCUCCACCACUUCCCCAACAGCAGCAGCAGCAGCAGCAGCCACCACACCAGCAGCAACCACAGCAGCCGCCGCAACAUCACCAGCAAGCACAGCAACAUCCACAACAGAUGCCCGGUGGCCCAGCAGCUGCAAUGCCUCAGGCACAGGCCUAUGGACAGUACACCAGCAUGUCCAGCAGUAUGGCGACGGUGUCGCUGAAUGGAGGCGCCCCCAGUAUACCGGCCAGCGCAUAUCGUGCCCCAUACGCAAUGCCGUAUGUGAUGCCGCCACCACCUUUGCCCGUACAAAACUAAAAAACAGUAACGCCAAAUUGUAUGAGCUUAAAUUGUAGGACCCUAGUAUUAUAAUUAUAGUAGGUCCAUGGUUUUUGCUCUAUUGUAAUUUCCUAUCCUACAGACACACACUCACACACACGUAUAACACGCACACUUGUACACACGACCUCAAACAUUUUACACUCUCAAACUAAAUGAAAGUAAUCCAGAUGCAACCACACAUUCAUCUUCGUAAGAGACACGAGUGUACUUACGUCCUAGCGACGAUCUGAGGUCCCCAGACUUGUGUAGAUCUCCCACGCCCACACAUUAGCAAUAUAAUAUGGUUUAAAUUGGAAUCAAAUACGCUUGUUGCAUAUCUAUUUGUUUCUCUUUCGUAAUUCAAGUUCAUCUACACAA